AUGUAUUGUUAUGUUGACAUAUUUUAUGUAGACGUGGGUGUGUUAGUAUUAUUAUUUGUGUUAUGUUCCUUCGUUGUCGAUGAGUAUCAUGUGUCACUGAGAUGUAUUGCGAGACUUGUGGCGGGGUGCUCGUGCGGCAUGCUGUCCCGAAUGUACAAACAUGCGAACAGGUGUUAUAUGACAGACAACACUGAUUACAGGAAAAUAUAUCAAACAAACUUCAUACUGACCUUUUCAACCGCAGAUCUCCGCCAGAUUUUAAAAGAUCACAGUACUUACCUCUUGAAACGCUCGGCAAGUAUGGAUUAG